AUGGCUAAUACAGGAAACAUAGAAAAAAUCAUUAUUCCCACUGAACCUAUUGGAUCAAUACCUCGAUCCGAUAAUUUAAUUGUAGCUCAACGUGACUAUCGUGAUGGAAAAAUUAAUCUUGAUCGUUUAAAUGAUGAGUAUAAAAGGGCUAUACAAGUUACAAUCGAAGAAAUGGUAGCAACAGGAUCACCGGUAGUAACAGAUGGUGAACAAACAAAACCAUCAUUUCUAACUUAUCCAAUUUCUGCAAUUUUAAAUGAAUAUUAUACAUUUACAUCAGAUUGUUUCUCAAUACAAUUUGCAGAUGGUCACCAACGAAUAGUACCAUGUCUAAUGAAAGCUCCGUUUCGUUAUGCAGUUUAUGCUCAUAGUUAUAUUGAUGCUGCAAAACAAUUUACUCAAUUACCAAUCAAACAAGCAGUAAUUACGCCAUCAGCUUUAUCAAUGCUGUAUCCGAAAAGUGCCAUAGAAGGUUAUUCUCAUGAACAAUUCUUGAAUGAUUUAAUUGUUGAAUCUGAAAAAGACAUUCGACGAUGUCUUGAAAGUGGAGCUCAUUGUGUUCAGCUUGAUUUUACUGAAGCUCGUCUUUCACUUAAAAUUGAUCCAACUGGUCAAUUAUUACAAGAUUUUAUUCAACUCAAUAAUCGAGUAUUGGAUCGAUUUGAUCCCCAAGAACAACAUCGACUUGGUGUUCAUGUUUGUCCAGGUGGAGAUAAAGAUAGUACGCAUUCUUUGGAGGUUGACUAUUUAGAAGUUCUUCCUACUCUAUUCGAACUUCAUGUGUGCAAUUUUUAUUUACAAUUAGCAAGUGAACCAAAUCGUGAUCGAGUAUUAACAUGCAUUCGUAAAUAUAUGAAGCCGUGGCAUCGAAUUUUUAUUGGCGUCAUUAAUCCAAUUGAUCCGAUUGUAGAAACCCCAGAACAAGUGUGUGCUCGAGUGUUAGAAGCAGUGAAAUACAUACCUGUCAAACAGUUAGGUACAACUGAUGACUGUGGUUUUUCUCCAUUUGAUGAUGAUCGAUCGACUUCAAGAAAAAUUGCUUUUGAUAAAAUUCGGGCACGCGUUCAAGGUACACACAUGGCAGAAGAACAACUGAUGAUAGCAAAAUAG